AUGCACACACCCGACGCAGAGACGCAGCUUGCGGCAAGAGGCGUGAGGCGGUGGCGCUACCUCACCAGAGAGAGCGCUCUGGCGUUUUCGGCGAGGAGUGCGGGGAGAAGCGUGGACAGGGAGGAAGAGAGCCUCGACAGGCGAGAAGACUGGCAGAAAAUCGCCCACUGUCUUGAGCAACCAGGCGAAAAACAGAGACACUUUGGCCGCGUGAAGCCGGGCGCGCCUUCGCGCUGCGCAGAGACGUUAAGUCAACUGCAUCGGGACCGCACAUCUCGAGGGCCUCACCGCCUGAACGCCUGCGUUUCGUCUCUUUGUUGGUCGCCUGAUCCUCUUCGAUUUCCAUAUCUCUCCUGCUCCUCCUCUUCCUCUUCCUCCUCCUCCUUCUCCUCCUCACGCGCGGCGUUCCUCCAAGGCACUGUCUGUCGACGCGCGCCUCGGUGUUCCUCUUGGCGACUCCUCCACGGAGCGACUUCCUCAGCUCUGUGCUGCCACAGCCCAUCUUCGUCCGCGUCGUGGACGCCCCUCGCGCCUGCCCUCAGCUCGCCGCAGCGGCCGCCAGGCGUUCAGUCUCUCUUGGCUCCUCCCUCGGCUUCGGCGUCCCCUUCGUUCGCCUCGUCUUCCAGCCAGGCGCCUCUGCAUCGGUCGUGGCCUCUAUUAGAUCAUGCAUGCCGUUCUGUGCCCGCCUCGUCUGCCGCUUCGCGCGGAGUUUCGCCGUCUGCUGGGAGGGCCAGCAGGAGAGCGGCCUCGUUCCUCUGCAGCUCGCGCGGCACGCAUGCCAAUCCUCUCGACGACGACGCGCAGUUGACGCAGAAGAGACUCUCGCCUCUGCGCAUCGACUACGAGAAAGCAUUUGAGCUCCUCGAGCAAGCGGACCCGACAGGAAUCGAAGCCAUGACCGCGGCCUACAACGCGGCUCUCCACACCUGCGAGCGCCAAAGAGACCGGCCUGGAGCCUUGCGGCUGUAUGCAUCGAUGCGAGAGAAACAAAUCCCCAUCGAUGUCGUGACUCUCCAUUCGCUUUUCACGCUCCUAGAGUACUACGCCGACGACACCGCUCUCCUACAGAUUCUGGACCAGGUCGACGCUUUGGAUUCUCACUCUUCUUCUGUCUAUCCCUUCCCGUCCUCUGCCUCCUUUUCGCCGGUCGCGCCGUCUCCGCCGCCGCGUUCUCCAUCGGUCUCGCUCACUCCGAGUCUGCUAUCUCUGGCGAUUUCCACUUGCUGCCGCGCGACCAACGCACGGGCGGCUGCGCGCUUGAUGGAGAGACUGAAGACGCUUCUCCGCCGCAACGCUGACAAGUUCCUCCUCACGUUUGCCUCUGUGCUGCCGCCGGAUACUGCUGAGGCGACGGCAGCGGUCACGCAUCCGCCAGGCGCGCUGUACGUGCAGCUGAUCAUUGCGCUCACUCAAGAGGGCAGGUACGACGACGCGCUGCGUUAUUACGAGGAGCUGAAGGCGCUGCAGAGGCGUUUCAUGCAAAAGCAGCACCUGCUCCAGCGCGAAGUGGCUCGUCGCGCGGAGCACUUGGAGCGUACCGCGGCUCAGCAACAGAUGCACAUCAGCGACGAGGACAAGCAGCGCAUUCUGGGGGAGUUUGAGGCGCAGCUCGUCCAGGAGCAGGAACACCUGCUCGAGGACUACCAGCCGCCCAUCACCGCCGUCAAUGCAGCCCUCGAGGCUUGCCUGCGCACCGGCCGACUCAAGCAAGCUCUCGUCAUCUACAAGGAAGACGUACAGUUCGCCCAGCAGCAGCGGCGCCUCGCGGGUGAGGCGCUCGACCAGGCCGAGCCACAGCAGGAUAAGUCUUCGCCGACGCGGCGGACGUUCGAGCUGUUGCUCCGCGCAUGCAGCCAGCAGAGGCAGUUUUUCGCGCUCGCGCAGAUUUGGCGAGACUUUGAGCGGCAGGGCGGGCGAGCCUCCACGGAGGACGAACAUUUGUUUCGCCUCCCUGCGGCCGCGCCCUGCUACGCAGCAGCGAUCCAGGGCUUUGCCGCUUGCGGCUACUGGGACUAUGCGCUGCGGCUUCUCCUGGUUCUCCAUCGCGAGACUGGCACGCUGAAGGAGCGAUACAGGCGGUCGCUCGCACAGCUCCUCGGCAUGAAAGACUUGGGCAGCACUGCGGGCUCCGGACGGGCGCGAGACGACGCAGGGCACCCGGAGACAUCAGCCACUGGGGCUGAUGCUGAAGGGGGGGCGAAAGGCGACCCAGGCGGAAAGUCUGCGGAUGGAUGCGGGCGCGACGAAGCCGCGAACGACGCAGCCCAGGGAGACUCACUGAGCGGCGAGCUGAUCUUGGAUUUGGCCAGUGAGCGCGGGAGCGUCGCUGCUGGUGUUGAGCCGUACAUUGCAGUUCUACGUGCCUGUCGGGACAGUGGGGCGUGGAAACCCGCCCUGGGCACGCUGCGCCUGCUUCAGCAGAGACACCAGAAAUACCGGCUGCUGCACGCCCUGGAGAAGGCGCGCGAACGUCGAGAGGAUGAAGCCCGCCAAAAGUUUGAGCGUGAGGUUGUUGCGUUCCGUAGGCGGCUUCUCGAGGCUAAACAGAAAGCCAGUCCGGCGGCGACAAGCGCAGAACGCGAGGCCGAGCACGCCAAAGCGUCCUCGCUGGCGCCGCUUUCUGCGUUGCUUCGCUCAGAAGACCCUGCCCUUUCGCAGGAUAUGGAGCGGCUGCUCGGGAGUCUUGACGGCCCGAUGUCUGGAGGACGCGUCCCCGUUGCCCCUGAGUUCCCGUUCGUCGCCUACGCCCUCACCGUCGGCGCGUGCGCUGCCGCGGAAGCUUGGGGGCAGGUACUCGCUGUGUCUGCCGAAUUUUUCUCGCCAAGGAACACUGUUGGCGUCCACGCGGCAAGAGGCUCGCUCGCCGACAUUGGGGGGCCUGCGGGCGAGUCGCUAGGGCAAGCCGCGGGAGAAGCAGGGGACGGUCCCCAGGCGCCUCUCGAGAUACGAAAAACAGUGCAUGCGUACAGGCUAAUUGCGCUCAUGCGCCUCGGCCGACCGCAGGAAGUCGAGGCUGAGAGACGCAGCCUGAUAAGGCUCUUGGAGCUCGAGCGCCGCACGCGGGAGCGACGCCAAGAGCGCGAAUGCCGCAGACAGGAGUACGGAAGCGAAAGCGAAAACGGACUCGAGGGGGAAGCAGGCGGCCAUGACAAAGACGAAACGCGGGCAAAGUGGAGGGAAGGAGAGGAAAAAGUAGGACGAGAGAGCGAAAGAGAGAGAGAAAGCGGGGACGACGCACACGGCGUCGCGACUCGCGCACUCGAGGAGGCCGAAGCCUGGCUCGUGAAGACUGCGGCAGCGCGCGCAACAGGCGGCGAAAGCCAGGCGAGGUUUUCCGCGUCUUUGGGUGGCCAAGACGCGUCCGCGACGAGCUUGUUCAGAUCUCAAGAGUCCCCCGGCGGUGCUUCUCUCCGCGCUGCCUCCUCGUCUUUGCCUUUCGCCCGCGUUCCCUCUCCGCUUCCUUCGGGCGAGUCGGAGCGCCAAGUCUCUUCUCGCUCAACUCUGGCGCCAAUGACGCGAUCAGAGGCUGCGCGGCAGGAAGGAGAGCAUGAGUCGAUCCUACCUGCGGUUACAGCCUUCAUGCCCGAGUCGUUCACGCCGCAAAGAGCAGAGCCAUUGGGGCGCGCGUCCCCUGCUCAGCAGGAGCCCAAGAUUCGAGGCCAAGGUGGCGCCGGUACCGGCGCGGGCCCUCCGGCAGGUGACGGCCUCCAUGGAGCUGCUGACGCGAACCAAGCGUCGAUCGGCGCCUUCGCGAAGCACAAGACAGGCGGCCAAAGUCUAGAGAGCUUUUUUGCAGGCCUGGCUCCAGCAUCCGAGCGAGAGGCGUUCGCAGCAAUAGAGGAUGCGGAGAGAAGCCGACGCGAGCGACGCUGCAGCGAGAGGAGACAAGGCGUGACCGAAGUAGUUUGCGAGGACACACAAGAGGCGAGCGAGGAGGAGUCUCGUGUCAGUGCUGCGACAGAUACGCCGCGCCCGACCGCGAGGAGCGAGCACGGGCACAGAAACGCCAUUGAGUACGCAAAGGAACGCAGCCAUGCAGAAGGAGACCCCUGGGCGGUUCCCUUGGGAUCCGUGGAAGACGCGCCCGCGGGAGAAGAUGUUGUGGCUGUACGAGAGUCCGCAGGGGGUUACCCGUGCCCCCGCGCGGAGGACGAAAAGCCGGCUCGCGAGAGGGUCGGCGACGUCCACGCAGCCGCGGAUGCGGGAGGGCACCGAGGCCGCGCCGUCGCUGCAGUUGCUGGAGAAGAAGGGACGCCGACCGCCGUUUUUCUGAGUUCCAUACUGGGCCCGCGGCGGCUAGUGCUCGAGAACAUCCGCGAGGAGCCUGUCGUCGUCGACGCGACUGAGCAGACACACGAGGGUGAAACAAAGAAAGGGGAAGGGAGACGCCCGCGAGAGAGGGGCGCUGAUGGCGAAGACGCACAGAACGUGCGGCGAGGCCAGAUGGCCGCGAGGAAAGAGGGGCUGGUGUCGGCGGCGCACCGGGGUGAUGGACACGUGGAGGCGACAGGUGUACAGGAAAAGAUUCACGACCUAGGGGCGAGCCAGCUGAACCCAGCUGCCGACUCGCGCGCGCUUCAAGAUCGCAGAGAGACUGCGUAUGCUCCACAGAGCCCUGCUGAGACUCCCUCGGCAGGUGAAACCCGCGCGAAGUUGCCCGUGUCGGCGCAGGAGCGGGAGGAAGGCGGGAGAGGCCAAGCGGAUGGCAGGCGCCCGAGCCCAGCCGCGUCGUUUGAAACUGGACUAGAUCUUCUUCUGCGGCACCGAGCUGUGGCAGAGGCACAGACCAACCCGCAGGGGGCUAGCGUACGUGCGUGGCUCACCACGCGAGGCGAUGCGCACCCGGCGGUGUCCCCCAUGGACGGGCCUGCGGCGGCCGGAGCCCGUGCAACGCCGACUGCCGCUAGUGUUCAGCGACUGGAGGGGCACCCGCCGGGGAAUGCUGAGGGUACACUCGAUGUGCCGAAGCGGCGGGCUGUCUCUGCGCCGCCUGCGGCUCCAAGAGACGCCGAACCACUGGCAGGGAGCCAGGGGCAUAUGUUUAUGGGCAGCCAUGGCUGGGGCUGGCCUCCCCACUGGGAGGAAAAGCUGGAUAAGGCGCGCGAGAGGCUCUGGGGCGAUGACGCAAGCGCGCGAGUAACGCGUCAGGUAGACACAGGCACCGUCGCCAAAGAAGAGGAGACUGAGAGCCCGUGGGGCAUGCGGCCAGCGCCGUGA